AUGUCACUGCAGUAUGCACUUGGGGCAAAAGCUUUGUAUGAAUUUACUGGUGACCCUGAUGGAGGUGAAUUAAGUUUUCAACAGGAUGAGUUACUUGUGAUUAUCAGGCAGGAUAUUGGAGAUGGAUGGUGGGAAGCCCGAAGUCAGUCAGGAAAGCAAGGCCUUAUUCCUGAGUCUUAUGUUGAGAUUGUUUCCCUCCCAGAGCCUUCUUUCCCACCUCCACCACCACCAGCACCUUCCCAGGUUCAAGAUAACCACUAUGGAUAUUCCUAUUAUGAUGAUAAACGAAGCAGCAUCAGCCAACCCAUUCAACAAUCGGCACCUCCCAAACAGCCCAGUUUUGAUGAUUGGGAUGAUGAUGAUGACUGGGAUGAUUAUGAUGAUGAUGAUGCAUCAAGCUGUGGAACGGCACAGAAUGUCACAAACAAUAAUCAUCAUCUUGAUACCCAGUCAAUACAGUCUCAUGAUACAAAGAAUUCUGGAAUUCAUGCAACUGGCUAUGGUACCGUGAAGAAGAAUUAUAGCAGAUUUUCUCAGUUUUCCCGAACUGGUGGCGAGUCAUUUAUGAUGGGGCAAUUGACAGGCAGUGUUGCAGAAAGUGACUGUGUCAAAAUUAUUGAGGGUCCAUAUGGUUUAGAAUGGGAAGUAAAAACUCAAUACACAUGUGAAUUAAAAGACCCAAAAAAAGAAAGUAAAUUAAAAGGAUUGAAAAGUUACAUGGCUUAUCAGUUGACACCGUCUUUCUCAAAUUUUACAGUCAGUCGUCGAUACAAACAUUUUGAUUGGUUACACGAACGUUUAGAAGAGAAAUUUCCUUGUAUCCCUGUACCCCCUUUACCAGAGAAGGCCAUUUCAGGUCGAUAUGAAGAUGAUUUUGUGAAUGAAAGAAUGAAGCUGCUGCAACGAUGGGUCACCAGAAUGGUCAGGCAUCCGAUCAUCUCCAGGUGUGAGGUCUUCUUCCACUUUCUUACUUGUUCAGAUGAAAAGAAAUGGAAACAAGGGAAACGAAAAGCAGAAAAAGAUGAAUAUAUGGGAGGCAGGUUCUUCCUCACAUUACGUGCUCCAUCCACAAAGUUAGAUAUGACUGAAGUUGAUCAGAAAAUGGAGAAUUUCGUAAAAUUUGUCCGAGGGAUGGAUGAUAAUGUGAAGCAUCUGCUGAAUAUAUUCCAUGACAAUAUGAAAAAACAUCAGGGUCCCUUCAAAAGAGAAUACCAGAAAAUUGGUGGAGCAUUCAAGAAUUUAGCCACUACUUUUGGUUCAGAUGACCUUUCAUACUCCAAAAAUUUGACCACAGCUAUUGACCAAACGGGAGAUGCCUAUAACAAAAUUGGAGAAAUGUAUGCUAACCAGCCACAGAAAGAUAGCCAAAUUCUUGCCGAUGGCCUCAAUGAAUACAAAGGAAUUCUUUCUGUUUAUCCAGAUGUUUUGAAAGUCCAUGAAGGUGCCGUAGGGAAAGCUAAGGAAUGUCAGAAGCAAGUCGAAGAUGCAAAAAUCACAGAAUCUGAGAUGCUAAGCAUCCUGCAACGUGCCGAUAUCAUCUCUUUCGGUACCCUGGCCGAGAUGACCCAUUUCCAAAAGGAACGAGUUGUUGAUUUUAAAAUUAUGAUGCAGGCUUACCUGAAGCAGCAGAUUAUUUUUUAUCAAGAGAUAACAAGCAAAUUGGAAGAAAGCCUAAAAAUGUUGCUCUCUCUCUCUCUCUUCCCUCCCCACCCAUUAUCUCCAAUGCCUUCUGCAGGGAAGCAUUACAGCCUUUCCUUUCUUUGA